UGGGCGGGGCGAUCCAACGGCGGCAAUCGAAAUUUUUUUGAUUAGCGGCGCCGCUCAGCUACUUCCCGCGAGCUAUGGCCGCCAGAAACACAGCUCCAAUGGCUCCCGGCGGCGCCGCCUCCUCUAGGGUUUGUGGGAUUGGCGGAUCGCCCCGGAACAAGCAGCAGCCAGCGUCGCCGCCGAUCUUUGUGGCGGAGAAGCUCUUCGACGAGUUCUCGCUAGGUCGGAUCAAUGCGCAUCACUCGCCGUCGUCGUCCGGGGAUUUGUCUGCCGCCGCGGGAGCGCGAUCCGACAGCGCCGCCAGGGGCGAGGCGACGGCGAAGAUCGGGGGCAGCGAUGCGGGAUUCCAGCCGUCGGCACCGCCAUUCGAAUGCAUCGGGCGAUCGAAUGUGGAGCUGUAUGGCUUCAACGACAUAUUUGGGGGCGUUCCAGGGAUCAAGAGCAAGACUGGCAGCAGCGAUGACGAUAUUUUCACCAUGGCUGGGGCUAGCGGCGGCGGCGGCGGCAAUGCUUCUUCUUCUCCCACCACCAGCGGUGGCAGCGCCGCCCCGACGCAUCAGCGGAGCUCCUCUUCGCCGCUGGGAUCUCGGAGGCUCAACACAGUGACUGGCGAACCAAAGAGCGACAGGUGUGAUGCCGAAACAAACCAAUCUCAACACCAAGCCAGUGGUAGCGGCGGCAACAACAAAACCAGCGCUGAUACUUCGCCACCACCAACCUUGUUUUCGCCAAAGGCUGGACGGGAGAGCUCGUCGUCGUCGUCAGGCGGACCUCACGGUACCUCUCGCCUCCGGAAUUCGGGUACAGACGUGAAAGGUGCCGGGGGGAGUUGUGACCGACCAAAUCAGCGUGUUGAUAGCAGCGGCCCUCAAACGCAACAGAACAAGGCGCCACCAUAUGCCGUGAAGGUUUCAGCUUCUCCGCAAGACAAAGGUAGCUCCUCUUUUCAGAAUUCGGCAUUGUUGGCAGAUUCAGAUAUAGGGAAAGUCGCGUCGCCUCCACCACCAACAGUGAUGCCUUCCUGCUUGCCAAGUGUUUCCAGCUGCUCUCCAAGGCUGGGGUCAGGUGAGAAGGCUAACAGUGCUACCUCGGAAGCAGCAGAGAUGAAGGCUCAUCUGAACAGGACGCCAGGGGGCUUAGAGGCAGCAGAGAAGCGAUCACGAAAGCACGAGACAGAUCGUGCAAAAGAAAAAUCCGAAGAGGGGUUGCUGCCUAGGGAGAAUGGCAGCAAGAACAAAUCGGAUACAGGAGCUGGGAAUUCUUCGCCUCGGAAGUCGAAAAGGCAGAGUGCUACGGAGAGGCUCAAGGCAGUGUUGUUUCCAGAUUUCGGGAAGAAGGAGGACAAGGCCAAAGCGAAAUCAUGGUUCACGAUUGGGGAUUUGAAGCUUGUGACAAAGCCAACGGAUGUCCCUCCUCCAAAGCGAGCACCUCCCGAGAUGGUGGAGCAGGCGCAGGAGUUCGACGGUUUGUCGAAGUUCAAGAGAGAUGAGCGGUGGCGUAGAAACUCUUGCGAGUUUCCUCUAGGCAAAGGUUCCAAUCUGAAGGAAGCAGCGGGACACAUGUCUCCACCUCUGGCACAAGCUGAAGAUUUCGCUGGUCUUUCUUCGUCGGCGAUGGCUAUGAAGGAAGCUGUGGAACGAGCAGAGGCGAAACUAAAACAGAAGAAAAAGUCUGCAGAGGUUUUUCCUGAAAUGACUGAGAGUGAGAAGCGAAGCGAAGGGAAGGUGAACGACUUUGGCAAUCACGGAGCAAGAAAGGAGGGGGAUAUCGAUAAGAGAGCUGUCGAGAGGGCUGCGCACGAACUUAGAGAGAAAGCUUUGAAGAAAGCUGCCGAGAGAGCUGUGGCUGCUGCGGGUGUGGAGAAUGGACGGUCAACAAGCGCUCCAAAGCAGCGAGUCUCGGAUGAAGCUGAGCGCAAUGCGAAGAAAGUGUUCUUUAGCGGUGAACAAUGCAGGCCUGCCAAUAAAACAGAAACCUCCCCAAGCAUUACCGACCCUGUACCCAAUGGGAAUCUCGAUAGAGAUAAGAAGCAGAGAAGAGAAUCAACCGACAAAGCACUAGAGGAGCGCGCGGCGAAGGCCCUGGCGGAGAAAAACCAACGUGAGCAGACUGCUCAACAAGAGCAACAGGAGCGACAGCGAGUUUCUUCUACCGUGGACGCUCAAAUAAGUGCGUGGGUCGCUGGUAAGGAAGGCAACUUGCGAGCGCUUUUAUCGAGCCUGCACGAUGUACUGUGGCCAGGGAGCGGCUGGCAGCCCGUGGCAUCGUCCGAGCUAAGCAACGAGGCUUCCAUCAGGAAAGCGUACCGCAAGGCCACGUUGUGUGUCCAUCCGGACAAGAUCCAGCAAAGGACAACGCAGGAGAAGCUCAUCGCGGAGAAGGUCUUCGAUUUACUCAAGGCAGCGUGGACAAAGUUUAACUCGCAAGAGGCUUUCUUUUGGCAAGUGUCGUGAGCUCCAUGGAUCAAACACCGGUAUGUAGAGUUCCAUUAGAUCUUGUAAAAACAGGGAAUGGCAACAGUAAAAAAACAUCGCCAGGCAUCGCCAGAGUGGCCGCAAACGGCGAAGAAGCCGGGCUCCACUGGUAAAAAAGUAAUUCUGGUCUGGCCACGUUCUUCAUUUCUUUCUUUAAUCCACACUGUUGGUUUGUGA